UGUGCCUCCUCCAUGUCUGUGCAAUGUGAGGGGAGGAUGCUUCGAGGCAACCUUUGCUUUCAAGAGUCCUGCACAAAGCCAGCGGCUUCUCCCGCCCCAAUGCUGCCGCUCGGAUGUAUUUUGGAAGCAGCGAGGUCGUGCAGCAGCAGCAGCAGCAGCAUCAUCAUCACCCCACACUGUCCACGGAGCCUGACUCGCAUGUAAAGUAAAGGAGACAAGUAAAGCAGCUCUUUGACGGCAGCCAGCAGCACAGGAAUGUGCCCAAGUGUGGUCUUCAAGCCACAUUUAGGCUCUACCGCCGCUUUUUUCGUAACCCUGCAGAGCAAGUCACUGCUCCGACUGUAACCCUUUCUGCCUAUUUUGUGUUUAGUAGCAAUUUGUUGCUCGGAGGACGUUGGGUUUCUUGGCUUUUUGUCAGGCGUGAACAAGACAAACUUGUGUGCAUGGCUCUGGUCAUGGAGCCCGUCAGCAAGUGGAGCUCCGGGCAAGUGGUGGACUGGAUGAAAGGACUGGACGACUGCCUGCAGCAGUACAUCAAGACAUUUGAGAGGGAGAACCUUGGGGGGGACCAGCUGCUGCGAAUCACCCACCAAGAGCUGGAAGAUUUGGGAGUGUCCAGGAUUGGCCAUCAGGAGCUCAUACUGGAGGCGGUGGACCUGCUUUGUGCCCUGAAUUACGGACUGGAAACAGAGAAUCUGAAGACUCUUUCUCAUAAGCUGAACGCGUCAGCCAAGAACCUGCAGAACUUCAUCACAGGCAGGCGGCGCAGCGGCCAUUACGAUGGCCGAGCAACCCGCAAGCUACCUAACGACUUCCUUACCUCUGUGGUGGAUCUCAUCGCUGCUGCCAAAAGCCUUCUGGCAUGGCUAGACAGGUGUUCUUUCUUCUCCAGGUCCCCAUUUGCUUCAGUGGCUGAUUAUGGUGUGACCAGAAACAACGUGAUCCAGCUGUGUCUUGAGCUCACUACAAUUGUACAGCAGGAUUGCUCUGUAUAUGAAACGGAGAACAAAAUCCUGCAUGUGUGUAAAACUCUAUCUGACGUGUGCGACCACAUUAUUUCUCUGUCCUCGGAUCCCAUGGUGUCACAGGCUGCACAUCUGGAGGUGGUGCAACUGGCCAACAUCAAAUCCACUGAGGGGCUGGGCAUGUAUAUCAAGUCAACAUACGAUGGAUUGCAUGUCAUCACGGGCACAACUGAGGGAUCUCCAGCUGACCGCUGUAAGAAAAUCCAUGCUGGAGAUGAAGUAAUUCAGGUCAAUCAUCAGACAGUGGUGGGCUGGCAGCUGAAGAACUUGGUUAAUCUGCUGCGUGGGGACCCGGCAGGUGUCACCCUGACACUGAAGAAACGCCCACAGAGCACGCUCACCUCCACUCCUGCUCUGCUCAAGAACAUGCGGUGGAAACCUUUGGCUUUGCAACCACUGUUCCCUCAGAGCCCCAGCAGCAGUGCUGCCACACCGACCAGCACUUUAAGCACACCAUCCAGGAGAGGAAGCUGCGCCCUCCAGGACCUCUACAUUCCCCCUCCUCCUGCAGAACCGUACACCCCCAGAGAUGACAAAGGGAGUCUGCAGAGCGACGAUCCUCAGUCCGACCAUGUCCAUGCCACUAAGCGUUCCGAAUCGCCAAACUCCUACCUGGACCAGGAGUGUCGGCGUCGAUUCCCUCUGGUGGAGGAUGAUUCUAUACUGUACUGCUAUGAGUACGACCAAAAUCAAGAGGUGUCAUCUGUCCGCAGGGGGAGCACGCCCACCUACAACAGACUACGGCCAAUCUCCAUGCCACUGGAAUACAACUGGGCGGGAGAUGAGGAGGAGGAUGUGGCCAAGCUGAAGAGAGAGAGCAGGAGAGAAAAUUCACUGCUGCGUUAUACCAGUGAAGACAAAGGCCCGGGGGGAGACUUUUUGCUGGGACGCAGCCUAAGUCACAGUAGAAGAAAGGUGGAGAGGGGAGGCAGCCCCACCCAGUACACGCUCAUCCCGGCCCUCCAGAUGGAAGUCUCCCUGUCUACAUCCAGCUCUGACUCUGCCUCCCUCUACCAUGUGUUUGAGCGAUCCUCGCUGCUGUCCAGGUCAAAGAAGAGUAAAGGUGGAAGCCCCAUGGCCUCCAUCAGCAAGCGACGGAUCUCCUGCAGGGACUUGGGCCAGGGUGACUGCGAAGGCUGGCUGUGGAAGAAGAAGGACGCUAAAACCUAUUUUUCUCAGAAAUGGAAGAAGUAUUGGUUCAUCCUGAAAGACACGUGUUUGUACUGGUACAUGAACGAGGAGGAUGAGAAGGCAGAAGGCUUUGUCAAUCUUCCGGAGUUUAAGAUUGAUCGUGCCACCGAAUGCAGGAGAAAGUACGCUUUCAAGGCUUGCCACCCGAAGAUAAAGACUUUCUACUUUGCAGCAGAAAAUGUAGACGACAUGUCUCGGUGGUUGAGUCGUCUCAGCAUGGCCGUGGCAGGGUACUCCGAGCCGGACAAAAUACGAGACCAAGAUUAUUGGAGUGAGAGUGACCAUGAGGACAUGGACAUGUCCUCCAUGAGCAAACAGGACAGUCCCCCACCACCAUAUGACACUUAUCCCAGGGCAUCAUCAGUGAGCCCCUUUUUGGAACCCAAACGUGGCCAUUUCUCCUCAUCGGACACGUUCCAGUCACGUUCCUCUCAUGAGGAUUACCACUCAGAGCCUCUGGAAGGCUGCAGCAGCAACAAUGGCGGCAUCUCCCCUGGGCAGAAGGCAAGCAACCACCGAAACUCCUGGCAGGACCAGAUGGAGAGCAACGCCAGAAAGCACUUCCUCCAGGCGUAUACCGUUGAGGAAUCCCUGCUGUCUAGGGACAGGGACCAACUGGCCAUGGAGUACCGCAGGCAGUCCACGCUGCCUGCACAGCGCAGCUUGCUGCAGGAACAGUACCUAGCCUUACCCCUGCCCAUCAGGUCCAGUAUUGAUUCGGAGGCGGGAGGGAAGCCUCGCAGCUUCACGCUACCUCGAGACAGUGGUCUUCACGCCAUCCUGGCCGCCAAUGCCGGCGCGUCAGAUGACAGCGCACCUCGACACUACCAGCUGGAGCGGCCCAGGGAAAUAGGGCGGGGACGAGACUUGAGGCUGCAGUCGGACUCUGUAGGGGAUUUGUAUCGAGCUCUGGAGCAGACCAGCCUGUCCACCUCAGCUGACCACCGAUCAUCCAGCCGCCUGGAGUACAAGCGCUCGUUUGUUCGCCGAGUUAACGACCCUCUGCUCAGCGACAAGCUUCACCGCCUCCGCAUCCUCCACAGUUCUCUCAACAAUGUCCCUCUUCAAGACACAAACCGCUCAAUGGGCUUUUUAGGCUAACGUGUGAAGCCUUUGGCGUCCGUUUGCGUGCCUCAAGCAGCUGCCAUCCCAUUGCUGGAGAAGAAAAGGCACCAGAAUUCUUCGUUUACCUUUUUUCUCGGUACCCCUCUCACAUCAUCUCUGUUGUUUAGAGGAUGAGAACGUUUCCAAGAGGUCAAGCACUGGUUUAGGGGAAAAAAAAGCACUUUGUGUCUGUCAUGGACUUGAUGGACUGCUUCACGUGUGUAACCCUGCGCGCGCCCUGGUCUUGAGCUACGGUCCACCGAAUGAGAGUCAAAAGUUCUAGGUGUAACCCGCCUGGUGUUUGACGCAGGCUCAAACCAGCGUCCGCAGAAUGAGAGUCGACAGAAUUGAGCUAAAAGCUCGAGCUGUCAACUCGAUGUCCUGUGUGACUCUUAAGGUGUCAGGGAGUGAGGUUUACCAACGUACUCCUGCACAGCUGCAUCAACUUUUACAUAGGCACUGAGCUAAAACCGAGCUGUCGACACCAUGUCUGGCGCGACUCUUAAAGCAUCAGGAAGUAAGGUUUACCAACGUGCUUUUGCACAGGCGCACCAGCUGGCGUCUGUUAGAUAGGCAUCGAGCUAAAAGCCUGAGCUGUCAACUCGAUGCGCAGCAUGACUCUUAAGGCAUCUGGGAGUGAGGUUUAACAGCGUACUUUUGCACAGCUACACCCUCUGGCAUCUUUUGCAUAGUCAUCGAGCUAAGAGCCCGAGCUGUCAAGUCAAUCUCUAGCACAGCUCUUAAAGUGUCAGGGAGUGAGGCUUACCAAUGUACUCUUGCACAGCUGCAUCAUCUCGCUAGUUCACUCUCAUCCGGGUCACAGCACCAAUGUAACCCAUCUGGUCUGCCCCUGCCUAUGCCCGGGGUUCCAACCAAGGCCCACCGAAUGAGAGUUGAGAGCGCUAGGCAUCGAGCUAAAAGCCUGAGCAAUGUCCAGCGUCCAGCUGACAUUUGUUACACAUGCAUGGCUGUUUCGCGUCACUUUUUGCUGGAGUUGUGUGCAACUGAAUUACUAUUUUGGAUGUACACACCAUUUUGUUAUGUGUAUGAUUAAUCUAUAUUAUUAAGUGUGACAUUACUACGCAAUGUCUUGAGGAUAUGUGCUGGGAUACAAGUUGUUAACAAGUGCUGUGCCUCAGUGAUUGUGAAUGUACAUUGUACUUUUUCAAGAACAAGAAGAGAAGCCGCAGAAAGCACGUUUUCCCUUCAAUGGGGGGGAAAUCUAACCUUUGGCAAUAAGGAAAUAGUAUUGUAAAAUACAAAAGGAAUGGUCAGAAUAGUUGUCUAUUUUUGUAUGCAUGCAGUCUUUCCAAUGGUGGCAAAAAGAAAUCCUUUUUUUCCCCCCCCCAUUUCUAAGUGUGGUAAAUUCGCUUCACCCACAAGACUUAUUUUAAGAAAAGCUAAUUUCACUGCAAAAAACAAGUAUUUACUGUAUUUAUUAUUAAGUGUUUCAUGUACAAGCAUGUUUUGUAAUACUAAAACACAUGACAAUGCUGUUUAACUGCACAUGUGUGCCACAUUGCCAUAUUGUAGCUGCAAUACAGUACUUUUAUUUCAGAAAUAAAGUAUGGCGUGGGCACACAGAC